AUGGCCGACAAACGACGGCCCAAGGGUGGCACCCUACACCUAGCGAAUGGACACAGCAAACAGCCGGCUACCAGCGCCCCAUCACUGUCGCGCCAGCGCGUGCCGAUCGGCGUCGACGUCGACAUGGACACCGCACCUACCACCCCACCUCCCACCCUCUCGCCCACACGACUACAGUCUUCACUCUCUCCUCUCGAUCCCAUAUCUCCAUGGCCACCAGAAGAGCCCAUCGACCCAUCGUCCCCUUCCUCGUCCUCCACAGGUGGCUUUGGACAACACGACCUCCCCGGUCCGAAGGAGGUGUACGGCCUCAUCGGCGUGCUCCUCAGUUACCUCGGCUUUGGGAUGUAUCUCGUGUGGGCGUUGGCUCCCGAGGGCUGGCUGGAUAAGAUUGGAUGGACCUGGUAUCCUGCGAGGGAGUGGGCAGUGAUCGUGCCGUGUUGGCUCAUGGUCGUGGUCCUCCUCUCAUACUUUGGGUACGCGGCGCUGUCAAUCUACCUCACGCCCGGAUUUGACUCUCCGACCAUCAUUACAGCGAACGAGCACGGUCAGGAGCGGUACUACUGGAAGUAUGCGGCCAAGGACCACGUCCCCGAGGCCGUGGACCUGCCCAUCGACCUGGUGAAUCGCGUGCUGUACCCACCUAGGAGACGGCCCAGUUAG